CCUAGUCUGUUGCUGUUAUUUAUUUUCCCAUUCCCCGGAUCUAGUCAGUUUCUUGACCCAGCCUGUGGAAUACGAUCUGAAACGAAGGCGGUGAAACGUAUCAUUAAUGGCAAGAUCGCGGCAUACAACUCUAGUCCUUGGAUGGUUUUCUUAAAGUCCACCGAGAACAAAUUCAUUUGUGGCGGAACUUUAAUCACAAAUAAAUUGGUACUUACUGCAGCGCAUUGCUUUCUACCAAACGUAACAUUAUUCGUUCGCCUGGGUGAGUAUAAAAGAAGCCAAAAAGACGUAUGCAAUGGAAAUUACUGCCACAUUCGAGCUACUCAUAAAGUUGAUGGAGGUUUCAGACAUCGCCUCUAUACGAGUACUGGAAAAAACUUUCUGAAUGAUAUAGCCAUACUGCGUCUAGCUACACCUGUAAUCUACAGAGAUAAUAUCAGACCAAUCUGCAUUCUGUUGGAUACAAGAUGGAGAAAGUACAUCAACAACAUCCCAAGGCUAGUCGGAACUGGAUGGGGCAAAACUGAGUCGGGACUUGACAGCGAUGAUCUCAUGACCCUGGACAUUCGGCGCCAAUCACCGAAUGUCUGCCGAACCUAUAUCGGUAAUAACCUUAUGAGCAACCAAUUCUGCGCUGGAAACCGGAAUAGUAAUCUGUGCAAUGGCGAUUCUGGCGGACCUGUAGGAGCCAUGAUUCCGUAUAAGAAAACCAAACGAUUUGUCCAGAUCGGUAUUGCUAGCUAUACGAAUCAAAUGUGCAAGUAUGCAAGCGUUUUUACAGACGUUAUGAGCCAGAUCGGCUUUAUCCUAAAAGUUUGGCGGCAGUACGGAAAGGGUCAAACGAUUCCAACAGGACCACCAAAAAGAUGGCCAACUAGACCCCCAACUAGACGGCCUACCAAGCCGCCAACUAGACCACCACUUAGACUCCCAACUAGACGGCCAACUAAGCCGCCAACUAGACCAACAACUAAACCGACAAUUAUACCGCCAACCAUACCACCACCUAUACCACCUAUACCACCAACACCGCCAACUAUACCGCCAACUACACCGCCAACACCGCCAUAUGUACCCCCUCCUGCACCUCCUGCACCACCCACCAACCCACCCUUCGUUCCACCGCCACCGGAACCAUCACACUACGAAGAUGGCAAUUGGAACUCCGAUAGUUCAGAAUGGGAUGAUGAAUUCCAUGAGGAUAGAUCUUAUGGUGAUUCGUAUGAAAGUAUAGAAACUUUUCCGAUGGGAGGUCAAUUCGUAGUUCAAUAUCCUAUGCAAACUGUGGGAUUUUUCGGAUAA